UCCCCUGUUAACUUUACCGAGAAAAUUACCUGAUUUUCCUCGGUAGUUUGUACGCUGUUUGUUGAAUACUCAGUUAUUUAUAUAUACGUGUGUGUAUGUUCCUUAAUUCUGUUUUUAUGAAUCUCUCUCUAUAUGUUGUUACAUGCACUGUUCAGAUCUCUGGUUUCCUGAGGCUUAUGUGAUCUCUGCUACCUCGAUUUUCUUAGCCUUUUUGUGUGAGAUUCUGGGGUUUAAUUUCUUUAUUCAAUACCCAUUUUCAGAGAUUAGAUGAAAGUCUGUAAUUUGAAGGGUUUUCUGUGCUCACAUACUAGGUUUUGUGAGGUUCAUAGCUUCAUCUUUACUCUUCCUAUUGUCUUCAACUAUAACAGGAAUCCGUUUGUUGAAGCUUGAAAGGAAAGUUGGUUAUUUGGGUGUCUGGAAAAAGCCGAAUUCGGUUCAUUUUCUUCUAGGGUUUUGUUUUGUCCUGGGAGGAAUUACAACUUCUUGGGGUUUGGUAUUGUUGAGCUACUUGUGAGAGUAUUUUCGUGUUUGAGAUUUUUCCUAGAUGGAUAAGGAGAAAUUCCCAGGCCAUGGUGGAGGUUUUCCACCCCCGUCAGGCCGUUACUCAGGUUUUUCGCCAACUGGAAGUAGUUUCAAUGUGAAGCCUGAGCCAUCCUCUGCAUCACCAUCAUACCCGCCAUUGGCCCCGGCUGCUAGUUCAGACUCGGGUCAUUUUGGGCAUGGCAUGAACACAGAUUCUAGUCGCUUUAGCCAUGAUAUUAGCCGAAUGGCGGAUACCCCACGGAGGAAUUUGGGUCAUAGACGUGCCCAUUCAGAAAUUCUCACCCUUCCUGAUGAUAUUAGCUUUGAUAGUGAUCUUGGUGUUGUGGGUGGUGCGGAUGGGCCUUCAUUUUCGGAUGAGACUGAGGAGGACUUGUUUUCUAUGUACCUUGAUAUGGAUAAGUUCAAUUCAUCAUCUGCUACGUCAGCAUUUCAAGUGGGUGAGCCAUCGUCUGCUGCAGCAGCACCAACUCUGGGAAUGACAUCCAUGCAAACACCAGCGUCUGGAGCGGCGACUUCUGCCGAGAAUGUUGCAAUUGGUUCUAAUGAGAGGCCCAGAGUUAGGCACCAUCAUAGCCAAUCUAUGGACGGGUCAACGACAAUCAAACCGGAGAUGCUUGUAUCAGGUUCAGAUGAGCUCUCUGCAGCGGAUUCCAAGAAAGCCAUGUCAGCUGCUAAGCUUGCGGAGCUGGCUUUAAUUGAUCCCAAGCGUGCAAAGAGGAUCUGGGCAAAUAGGCAGUCGGCUGCUAGAUCAAAGGAAAGGAAGAUGCGAUACAUUUCUGAGCUUGAAAGGAAAGUGCAGACACUGCAAACAGAAGCAACUUCCUUGUCUGCUCAACUGACCCUCUUGCAGAGAGAUACGAAUGGUCUGACUUCUGAGAACAGUGAACUGAAACUGCGCUUGCAAACAAUGGAGCAACAAGUUCACUUGCAAGAUGCACUAAAUGAUGCACUCAAAGAGGAGAUUCAGCAUUUGAAAGUAUUGACUGGCCAAGCUAUGCCAAAUGGUGGAUCUAUGAUGAAUUUUGCUUCUUUUGGAGCUGGCCAGCAGUUCUAUCCUAACAAUCAUGCAAUGCACACACUUUUAACUGCACAGCAGUUUCAACAGCUCCAGAUUCAUCCCCAGAAGCAGCAGCAUCAGUUUCAGCAGCAUCAACUGCAUCAGCUUCAGCAGCAACAAAUGCAGCAGCAGCAGGAUCAACAGCAACAGCAACAACAAACUGGAGACCUGAAAAUCAGAGGAUCCGUACCUUCUCCCAGCCAAAAGGAAAAUGCUUCAGAUGUUAACCCUGCUGUUACAAAAGAGUGUUGAUGGGUCAGUAGGCCAGGUAUUGAAGAGUCAUUGUUCAAAGUUGUUGUUCAGAUCCAUCACAGAUAGGACAUUCUUCCCAUCCCCCUCCCUCCCUUGUAGCCCUUUCCCCCCUUCUUUUUGAAUCUGUUACAUCUUUAUCACAUUUCAUAUGUAGGCAGUUCUAGAUAUGAUUUUAGUUUUAGAUUUAAUUGUGGACUUUAGACAUCGCAUCUGUAGGCAGUGUAUGUGAUUUUAGUUUUAGUUGAUUUGGUUUAUGGGGUUGCUGAUGAAUUCUGUUGAAUUCAAUUUUUUGGGGAUUGCUGUGGCUCUAUCUCUCUCUCUAACAAACAUACGCCAGCAUUUCGGACUGGAAAUUGAUUUAUCUAUUGGACCUUGGAAUUCGGUUCACAAUUUGUCUUGGGUCACCAUGUUUUGUUCAUGUUACCGGCAAUUCAUGCCUCUACAUCUCCCAGCUGAAGUAGGCCUUCUUUUGUAUCAGUUGUGUAGCUUUUACUGAUGGAUUAGUGGUGGAGCAAAAUAUGCCUUGUAAUACACGUACAUUGAUAUAUAUAUAAAACCAUCUGCCCUUGAAAGUAGAA